UCAUCAGCGAAUCUCCUGCUCGAUCCCAUUCAGAUUUCAGACUCUCUCUAACUUUUCGUAUUUUCUCCCCAACCAAACAACUGCCUCUUUCUCUUAUCCAGCACAUAGCUCUCCUCUUCAGCCACAUCGCUAUGGGAAUUGAAGACAGCAUCCCCACCACGCUCAUCUUCACCUACGGAACGCUCAAGAGAGGCUUCUCCAACCAUAAUCUAUUAGAAGACCUGAUGAAAACCGGAGACGCCGUCUUCAAAGGCACAUACCGAACCGUAGAGAAAUUUCCCCUUGUUUGCGGGCCGUUCAAGGUCCCAUUCCUCCUGAAAAUUCCUGGAUCGGGUCAACGCAUAACCGGAGAGCUGUACGCGGUGUCGAAUCGUGGUCUGAGCCGGGUGGAUGAGUUGGAAGGAACAAGCCGCGGACAUUACCGGAGACUUCCGAUUGAGGUGGUGGCCGCCGGCGAAGAGGAGAGCGGAAUGAUAACGUGCGCAGAAGCGUACUACGCGGAAGGAAGCUACGAUAGAGAAAUGUGGAGGAAAAAUGGAGGGAAAGGGAUCGGGAUAUACUCCGAGAAAGAAGCGAGAGGGUAUGUGAAGCGUAAAGAUCGGCCUUCUCAUCUCACUUUCUUGGAUCAUAUUCGUAUUUUCAUCUCCACUCCUUCUGAUUAGUUGAUUUUGAAUGUUGGAAAUUAUAGGAAUAACAAUUAAUGGUUCUGUGAUGAAAUCAAAUUAGUAAAUGUAGAAUUUGUGUUGGGGAUUUUCAAAUCCAACCAUUCAGAAUAUGCUGAUAAAUUGGAAAUAAAUCAAUUGGGUUUUUUAAAAAUUCAAUGUAAUUUGAAUAAUCAAUUAUUAGGGCAGAUAGAUCCAGAUGUUGAUGAGUUGGGUUUUGGACUUUUAGCACCUUUGUUUUAUAUAUGAUUUGGAAGAUAGUUAUUUACACCACAA